CGCGAGCCGCACCGCAACCAGCCAGCAGAAAAUCCGUCAGUCACUUUGUGGUGUGUGCCGUGCCGUGCAGAGACGGAAGAGAAAGAAACGACAGAAAAAAAAAAAACGCGAGGAACGCGAGCCACACCAUUUUGGCCAGCUAGAUUUUCCCAGUUCGUGGCCGUUCCGUUGAAAAACCAGGACCGUUUCCGCAAUUCCUGGGAAGAAUCGCUGUCGUGCGCAAGUGAAGGAAAAAAAAACACGGGGUGGACACGUUCCGGAUCUUUUCGGAGCAGCAGCGGCCUGUCAAAUCGCAGCAAACUCUGAAUUUUUGCUUCAGUUUAGAAAACUCGCCGGAAAGAAUGUUUUACCCACUGCAACCAACGUUCGAGGAUGGCGAGAUCGAGCUGGCCCGGCCGGAGAUGCUGAGCCAGGACGCGCUCGUCGACAACAAGCACUCGCUCGCGGUGUCCCUCUCGCUGGGCAACACAUUAAUCAAUCUCAACAAAAUCAAGUGUCCACAGUGCAGGAAGCGCUUCGAUACGAUGGAGGAGAUGCAGCUACAUCGCACCAAGCAUCUCACCGAGAACAAGUUCAAGUGCGAGAUCUGCAGCAAGGAGUUCCCUAGUCACAGCUCGAUGUGGAAGCACACCAAGGCCCACACCGGCGACCGUCCUUUCGUGUGUCAAAUUUGCAACAAGGGUUUCACGCAGCUGGCCAACCUGCAGCGGCACGAUCUGGUGCACAAUGGACUGAAGCCUUUCAAAUGUCCAAUCUGCGAAAAGUGCUUUACGCAGCAGGCAAACAUGCUGAAGCAUCAGCUGCUUCAUACCGGGCUAAAACCUUACAAAUGUCCCGUGUGCCAGAAAGCAUUUUCCCAGCACGCCAACAUGAUCAAACAUCAGAUGCUGCAUACAGGCUUGAAGCCCUACAAAUGUCCCGUGUGCCAUAAGGCCUUCACCCAACAUGCCAACAUGGUCAAACAUCAGAUGCUUCACACUGGUUUGAAACCGUACAAGUGUCCCGUUUGUGAUAAAGCAUUUACUCAGCAGGCCAACAUGGUCAAGCAUCAGAUGCUGCAUACCGGCGUAAAACCUUACAAGUGUUCCACGUGUGGCAAGGCAUUUGCACAGCAGGCAAACAUGGUCAAGCAUCAGAUGCUUCAUACCGGGGUGAAACCAUACAAAUGUCCCACCUGUGGAAAAGCUUUUGCUCAACAGGCGAACAUGAUGAAGCAUCAGAUGCUCCACACCGGGUUGAAACCAUACAAAUGCAACACGUGCGGCAAGGCGUUUGCCCAGCAGGCAAACAUGGUUAAACAUCAGAUGCUUCAUACCGGCAUUAAACCGUACAAAUGCGGCACGUGUGGCAAAGCGUUUGCCCAGCAAGCCAACAUGGUCAAACAUCAGAUGCUUCAUACUGGAGUUAAACCCUACAAAUGUUCCGUCUGCGGAAAGGCCUUUGCGCAGCAGGCCAACAUGGUCAAGCACCAGAUGUUGCACAGUGGAAUCAAACCGUAUAAAUGUCCCACUUGUGAUAAGGCAUUUGCCCAGCAGGCCAACAUGGUUAAGCACCAGAUGCUGCACACUGGCGAAAAACCGUUCAAGUGCAAGAGCUGUGAUAAGGCGUUCUCGCAGCGGGCCAACCUGAAGAAGCACGAGAUGGUGCACCUCGGCAUCCGCCCCCACACCUGUCCGCUGUGCUCCAAGUCGUACUCGCAGUAUUCGAACCUGAAGAAGCACCUGCUGGUGCACCAGAAGCAGUCGCUCAAGCAGCAGCAGCAGAACGGGCAGGUCAUGGUCAUCCUCUACAACUGCCAGACGUGCAAGAUGCAGUUCGAGAACAUCCUCGAGUUUGAGCGGCACACCAAGCAGUGCAACGAGCUGAACAACGGCGCCGCCAACGGAGGCCACGCUCUGAAGCUCGAGCACAUCAACAUCAAGAGCGAAAUCGACAUCGACGGCAGUUCGAGCUCGGGCAUGACGCAGCACAUCACGAUCCCGCACAGCCAGUCGCAGCCGCCGAUGCACAUCCCGUCGGCCAUCCUGACCUCGGUGAUUUCGUCGUCCUCGGCUAGUGGCAUCCACACGUUAAGCACCAGCCACGUCAACCAUCACCCGGGUCAUCCGCAGCACCCUCAGCAGCAGCACACUCCGCCCGCCGUCGGGCAACAUCCUCAACAGCAGCAGCAGCAGCAGCAACAACAACAACAGCAACAGCAGGCUCACCAGCAGCAGCUUCCACCGGUGAGCACCCACCAGCAGCAGCAUCCGUCGCUCCAGCAGCAACACAACGGACUGCCCAUCCAUCUGCAGCAGCAGCUGUCACACCACUUGAUAUCGUCACACCUGCCGCCCCACCAGGACCACCAGGAUCUGCACCACCAGGUCAACUUCCACCAUCCCCACAUCCCGCACAUCUCGAACCUGCCCCACAAGAUCCUUUCCCCGCUGUUCCACAUUCCGCCGUUCAACAACAACCACAGCACAUAAUGGAACGCGUCCCGCAAGGGACCAGUGGUGGCACCGGCGGCGUCAGAACCGGCCACUGAACCCAAGGUGGAAACCGACGAACGUCCUUGACGGACUCGUCGGGGCAAAGGUAGGAGCGCCGGCGGCGGCAGCAACAACUCAGUUGAUAACUCUAAUCAAAACUACACACACACUGUAAGAAAUAUGAUUGAUUAUGCUUAGGAUGAAUGUUUGCGAACAACUUGCGGCGGCCGGCGUACUCAGAGAGUACGGCGGGCCGAAUAUUGAAUAUUUUUUUUAUUAGGAUUUUACAGAUUCUAUGCAAAAGGAAACAAAAUAUAUAUGAAGGCCUUCUUUUUUAAGUUUU